CCCAUUGUUGCCAACCCCUUCUGUAGACUUCAUUUUUCAUCAUUUUUUGGUACAAAGAAACAAUUAGUCUUUGGUUCGCAAUGGCCAACUCCAUUUUGAUAUCAGAUUAUCAAAGAAAAGCUUUUAAUGUAUUGGGGUUGGGGCUUUCUUUCAUGGUGCUAAUGAUUCAGAAGGGUUAUGCAAGGGAUUUCUCAGUGAAUUGGGGCCUUCACAAUGGCCCCAAUGCUGAAAAUUACAACCAAUGGGCAGAAAAAAACAGAUUUCAGAUUGGGGACUCACUUGUGUUUACCUACACACCAAACGAUGAUUCAGUGCUACAAGUGAAUAAAGAUGCCUACAAAAACUGCAGUGUGGAAUCACCACUGUCCAGCUACACCGAUGGACACACUGUUUUCUCCUUGAGUCAUUCAGGGCCUUACUAUUUCAUCAGUGGAAACAAAGACAACUGUGAAAAGAACGAAAAGUUGGAGGUGGUCGUUUUAGCCGAUAGAAGUAACCGUUCUUCGACCGCGAACGAAACCAACCCUUCUUCACCUCCGCCUUCGAGUUCAAUCGAUAUAAUGCCGUCCCCGGCACCUUCCGGUGAGUCUCCACCAGCUGGAACGGUUGAGAACCCUACACCAGCACCAAGUGAUGAAUCUAAACCACCAAAUGCAGCUUCUGCAGUAUUCAUGAGUGUUACCGCUUCUAUGGGAGCAGUAUUUGCAGCUUCAACUCUUCUUUUAGGAUUCUGAAAGAUUUAAAUUAUGAAUUCCAUUUGUUUCCUCUUUUUUUCUUGAAUUUUUAGAAAAAAAAAAACACUUCUUUGUUUGAUUUUCAUCAGAUACUGUUCACUGGGUUCAACUGGGUUUUUUCUUGAAAAUUGAUUGUUAAAAUAAUCAAGGAAGAAUGUGAUACUUUGUAUAGAGUUGGUGUGAUACAAAAUAAAUGGAUUUGUAUACUGUGGAUUUGGUUUA